AUGUUAAGUCUCACACUUGCCAGUACAGGGCAGAAGGGAGAGUGUGACAUUCGUCUAAAAAUCCCUAGAGGCUUCCACACUUCUGAGUCAGAGACCCUAGAAGGAAAUGGCAACAUUAACAAUCGCUCCCUCUCUCCAUGGAACUGGAUUCCGAACAGCAGUUUCCACAGAAUCCCAGAGGUCAUAUUUGAAGCUGAGUGCAAGACAGAUUACUGCAACUAUCCGAUCAGCAACCAGAAAACAGAACUAAAUUCAGUGCCUAUAUACCAGGACAUACUGGUUCUAAAGCAGGACCAGGCAAAUAGAAAUUGUUUUACUGCAUCUUUCCAGCGGGUCAUCAUCAGCUGCACAUGUGUGUGGGCCCAGACAGAG